GAUUUUGUUUCUCUUUAAAAGCAAUCUAAUCUCAAUUUUCCUUAAGCAUUUGUUGGAGUGUGAGAGCAAUUUGAUACUGACUCACGACAACGACAAUGGCAGCUGAAAAACGCAAAUAUGACAUUGCUGUAUUUGGAGCUAGUGGAGUUACUGGUCAAUAUAUAAUCGAAGAAUUAGCUUUACACGGUCAAAAUGUAACUUGGUGUGUAGCAGGUCGUAAUCCUGAAAAACUGAAGCAAAUUUUAAGUGAAAGUAGUGAAUUUGUUGGCAAGAAUUUGAACUCUAUUGAAAUCAUGACUGCUGAUGUUAGCGAUGAUUCUUCCUUAGCUAAUAUGUGCAAGAGCUCCAAAAUCAUAUUGAACUGUGUUGGUCCUUAUCGCUUUUAUGGAGAAAAGGUUGUAGAACACUGUAUCAGGCAUGGAACUCAUCAUAUUGAUGUCAGUGGUGAACCUCAGUACUUAGAAACUGUCCAAGUGAAAUACUUUAAAGAAGCUCAAGAAAAAAAUCUUUAUAUCAUCGGUGCAUGUGGUUUUGAUAGCAUUCCAUGUGAUCUUGGUGUUGAAGUUUUACGUAAAAAAUUUAAUGGUGAUCUAAAUUCUGUUGAAACAUACAUGAUCAUUAAUAGACCUCCUGGUAGUUCUGUAAAUUUUGCAACAUGGCAAUCUGCUAUAUAUGGACUGGCUCAUGCUGAUGAAUUAAUACCAUUAAGGAAGGCUUUGAGGGAAAAACUAUUCACUAAAGAGAUGCCUAAACCAUCUUAUUACUUAAAGAAAAGGCCAACUUUAUUCAACAGUAAAGACGCAGGGGGUUGGUGCCUACCCUUCAUUGGAAGCGACAAAUCUGUGGUUCUCAGAACCCAAAUGUACAAUCAUCAGUUCAAAAAUGAAAAACCAAUUCAAGUUCAGACUUAUAUGAAGACAUAUUCAUUAUUCUAUGCCUUGGUAACAAUGUUGAUGGGUGGAAUUUUCAUGUUAAUGACAAAGUUUUCAGUUGGUUGCUAUCUUCUAGAAAAGUUUCCGGAGAUGUUUUCCCUUGGAACCUUCAGUCGAACGCCUUCAACCAGAGAUGAGGCUUCCAAUGGCUCUUUCAAAAUUAUUUUCAAAGCAAAAGGUUGGUCAGAAAAGCUGCUCGACUCCACAGAUAAACACGUUGAACCUCCAAACAAAGAGCUCAUAGCAACUGUGGAAGGCCCAGAUCCUGGAUACAUAACAACAGCAAUUUGCAUGGUUAAUGCUGCAUUAGUUGUCCUCAAUGAAGCAGACAAACUUCCUGAAAGUGGUGGUGUUUUCACUCCUGGUGCUGCUUUCAGUGAUACCAGUCUUGUGUCAAGGAUGGAAUCCCGUGGGAUCAAAAUAAACAUUCAGUGAAAAUUAAUAUUUCUGUUGCCCCAUUAUUUGGGAACAAUUUUAUGGAAAUUGUUUGUAUUUUGAUAGAUAUAUAUAUAUUCUCUUACAUAAAUGUUUAUUUUCAA